AUGUCGCCUCCCAGGGAUGGAGAAGAAUCGAAUCUUGAUAAACUUAUUAAAGUAAUUGACAGUAAAGAAUAUAACAAAAGGAGAAAAUUAUUGGAUUCCUCUGAAAUUCCUGAAGAAAACGUUUUAAAUUAUGAUAUUUUGAACGAAGAUGAGGACGACUAUGAGAGUGAACUGCCUCUACAAUAUACGGAAAAUAUAAAGGAAAAGGAUCAGUAUAAUAGUUAUAACGAAGACUACGAAAAGUAUAUAAACGAAAAUAAGCCAGAUGGAACGGAAAUAACGUUUAACAACCCACUGUUUGCAUCAUAUAAACUUAGGCAGAGCACACCCCUGCUAAAGUAUCUGAUGAAACUGGAAGAUGUGCCGGACCCGAUUACACACAUGGAAAAGUAUCACACCGCGAAGCCAAUAGCUAAGAGACUCCAGAAUUUGAUGAAAAAUAAGAAGAAUAAAGACGAUGUACCGACACUGAAAGCAAAUUUAAAAUAUUUAUACGAAUGCCUAAACACAUACGUGGAUGUGUUCUACGUAAACAGUAGAGUGUCAGCGCUCAACUCAGUGAGAUUCGUGUACUCACUACAUAUCGCAAACCAUAUAGCAAAAAGUGCAGAAAAAAAAAAGGAAACCGGAGAGGAGGAAAGGUGCGAGGGGUUUACAAGACCAAAAGUGUUGAUAAUAUGUGGACUUAAGUGUAUAGCAAAGGAAGUGAUAGAUAACAUGCUGAAGCUGAUACCGGGCUCAAAAUCGAAUAAAAAUCUGGAGAGGUUCAGGUCGGACUUCUCACUGCCGGAGGAAGACAUAAAGGACCAGGUUGAAGGAUUUAUGAAGACGAAAAAGCCAGUAGAUUUCGUGAAAACAUUCAGCGGAAACCAGGAAGACGCGUUUAAAAUGGGAAUCAGGUACGACGGAGGACUGUUGCACCUGUACUCGCCGUUCUACUCAAGCGACGUUAUAGUGGCAUCGCCGCUGGGUCUGAGACCACUAUUGUCAAACAAGGAGCCAGACUACGACUUCCUAUCGUCAAUAGAAGUGGUGAUAGCAGAUAGAGUGGACAUAAUUAAAUUCCAAAACUGGAGACUAUUCACAGACCUGAUGAAGGUGAUCAACAGACCACUGAUGAAAUGGAGAGACGGAGACAUAAAUAAGAUAAGAAUUAGCGCAAUAGACGGCCAGGUCGAAGAAUACAGGCAAAGCGUGUUCAUAUCGACAUCGAAAAACGUAGUGUUCAACUCGAUCUUCAAGAACCUAAAAAACAGGAGAGGAGGACUGAAGCUGCUAACACCAAGUAAAUCGGACUACGUGCUCCUGGCGUCGAAAUUUAAAAUACAGCAAAUGUUCAUCAAAGUGCCAUGCACAGACGUGAAGACCUCGAGAGAAGACUGCCUGGACUACUUCAUGGAAAACAUGAUCCCAAACCUAGACGAAAUCAAGGGAGUGCUAAUAGUAAUACAGGACUAUACGCAAUAUUUCAGGCUGGCAAAAAGACUAAAACACGCAAACCUGGAGUUCAUGGCGUGCCACGAGUCAAACACGGCAAAACACAUGAAAAUGGCGAGGCAGAAGUUCAGCACAGGAGAAGUGCCGAUACUGGUGACGACAUACAGACUGCUGUUUUUCAAAAGGUACAUACUGAAGGGAUCCUCGAAGAUAUUCCUAAUACAGCCGCCGGAAUACGCACAGCUGUACAAGGAUUUCGUAAAAAUGGCAGAAACAAAUAGAAGUAACACGAUAGUGAGCUACUAUACCAAGUACGAUGGCAUGUUGAUGGAGACAAUAGUGGGAACGCAAAGAGUUGCGAAACUGAUGGAAGCACCAGAUACAAAAAUAACUCAAUAUCAUUGA